AUGCGCGCCUCGCGCCCGGCCCUCCGACAGGGCGCCUUCUCCGCACAGGCAUCCCAGGCCUUUCGCGCCCAGCGAUUCCGCUUCCGCGAGAGCGGCAAGAGAUGGCAGAGCACGGCCGACGGCGCCCAGCAGCAGCAGCACCAGAGCUGGUUCAAGCGCGCGUGGGAGAGCGAGGUGGGCAUCAAGACGGUGCACUUCUGGUCCGCUGCGCAAAACGUCCCCCCUUGCAAACCCAGAUGGAAAAAGAUAACUAACAAAGAGUGGCAGUGGGCUCUCGUGCUCGCCGGCGUCUCCGACUUUGCCCGCCCUGCUGAGAAGCUCUCCUUCACGCAGAACUUUGCCCUGACGUGUACUGGUCUGAUCUGGACCCGGUGGUGCUUGAUCAUCAAGCCCAAGAACUACCUCCUUGCUGCCGUCAACUUCUUCCUCGGUCUCGUCGGUAUUGUCCAAGUCUCCCGCAUCGCCAUGUACGAAUCCGCCAAGAAAAAGGGCCUCGCCGGGGUCGUCGAGGAUGUCAAGAAGGACGUCAAGGACCAGGUGAAGGCCUAA